CCGUUGCCGAUGCGCGCCGCCGCCGCUGCUGUUCUUUGUGGUAGUGUUUCAGGCGCGCGCGCGUGUCUGCGCGUGCGUGCAGCGCGAGCGUGCGUGCAGCGCUACUCCAGACCGACCGCACACACUAACUACCGCAGUCCGGACGAGAGACGGUGUACGGUCACUACUGCACGUCGCGCGCGAGUUGCUCGCCACCGAACGACCGAUCGAAAAUAGACGUUUUUCCGCGUUGCACAAACCGCGGUAUUUUGUUUUUUUUCUCUCGUGUGCGUCCGUCGUUCCCGUCCGCGCCCCGCGCGUUUGUCCGGACCCCGUCGCCGCACACGCACACACACAGACACCGGCCCGCGCGUCCCACAAGUCGUUUUUCUCUCGACGUUUAUCGCGUUUUUAUGAGUUAGACUGAUCGCGGAACACGGGGUUCCCCCGUACCCCCACGAACGGAUUUUGACAACCACCUCGUCGUCGGUGUCUAAUCGCGCGCGAUAGGCACACGAUACGAUAAGAACACUAGCGAAUUAUUUCCUAGCGAACGGCAGACGAGGCGCGCCAGGUGCGUUUUUUUUUUUUUUUUUUGGUUUUUUUUCGUCGGAUUUUUCGUUUACGUCUUGCGCCCCCCCUCCCCCGACCACACGCGGGUCGGCACAACAAAACACCGCCGCCGCCGCCGCCGUCAAUCGUUACUGAGUACGCUCGUCGGUCGCGCGAUGUUGGUCGCUAUGACUGCAAUGCUCGUGUCCGUGGCAGAAUUCUCCAAUAUACUGUCCGUUUUGGCGGUGCUCAUGUGCUUCUGCGCCAUGUUCCUGCUGAUCAUGAGGAAUAUGACAGUAUUUUGGCUUCAUGGCGAAGAACUAAUGUUUGGUGGUAAUGCAGUACAUCCUGUUCAACAAAGGAUACCUCAGAUGAAAAUGAUGAAAGUCCACAUACCGUUCACAUUUAAAUUACAUGAGACAUCUAAUUCUUCUUACUCAGAUCUUCGAUGCACAAUCUCAAGCCAAGUUCCAUAUACAUUGCAAGCAUUUUGGGGCGUUUCUAUUCGGGAACUUCAUCAUUUCCUGUGGAAAGCAUGGAGCUCAUUUCAGACAGCCGUCAACGACGAUUCAUUACUCCGUGGACAUUACCAACAUUGCGGAUUAACUUUGCACGAAACAAGCCAUACCGAAAAAACCAUUCAGAUGUUUAUGCCAGAGGGAAAAUUGGAUUUGGGAACACCCCCUCGACAUUGCUAUCCUUUGGUUAUAUUCCUCAUACGUGACACUCCCGAAAAUUCUACUUUACAUCCAGACGAGACAGUAGCAUUGGUGAAUGUAGUACAUAUCCGGGAUAACGUUUGCACGUUACCCACUAACAUUUUGGCGCAGUACCUGAAACAAGCGAAUGGACAAUUGUCAUCAUUAAAGCAACUGUAUUUGGCCACCGGCAACGCUCUUAGUUACCAAGACGAUGCCUGCAGCGAUGACGCGUCACAGAGAGCUGUCGUUUUGGACAACAGCAGUGGCACCUUCAGCACUGGCCAGGAACAACUGUGCGUCGUAUGCCAAUACUACCCACUGUCCAGAGCCCUGUUGCCAUGCCGUCACACGUGCAUAUGCGCAUCGUGCUUCGGCAAGUUGGAGACGUGCCCGAUGUGCCGCAGUCCGAUCAAGAGCUACUUCUGCGUGCGCAACGAAGAUUAUUUGGCCGAUUGCGCGUUGGGCCUAGAGAAAACGGGAGCAUUGGCCAAACGGCAGGCGUUUUCCCAGUGGAUUCAAAAUAGUAUUACGGAAUUUCUCGGCCUACAUUAGGUCUCCACCCACAGGCCCACACCCUUAACAUCCCCUUCACCCUCCCCUCACGCCAUCAUCGCCUCCAUAAAUCCCGAAUUUCUCCUCCCACGGUCCCAAUCAUCCUCUUCAUCACUCUUAACUCGAAUCAGUUGUUUACCGUUAACAUACAUUUUUACACAUACACCUAAACAGAUAUUCACAAACACAUCAGUCGGUUUAUAACAACUAUUUGUCGUAUGCGAAUAGGAUACAGGAUUUUGAGGUAUAUCCUACAAUUAAUUCCUCGUCUCUAUAUAAUGUAAAUUAAUCUAUAUACAAACUAAAAAAUAUAAAAAACGAAAAUAAUAUACCUCGAA